GCCAGCCGGUGUGAUCGUGGCACUGGCGGAGUGGAGCAGCGAGAGCCGCAUGUAAAUGAACACCUCCACCUUCGUGUUGCUGUCACCUGAGGAUCCACUCGGGACAAAUUGACUGUCCCGUCCCCCCCUUGUCGGCAAGCUGACCUUUAAGGUUUUGUGCGCAGAUAAAGAGGUUAAACUGCACUACUUUGGAGCAAACGCUGGCCGCUAACCGCUGCUGUUUGGCGCCGCCGUUUCUCGCUGCAACACGAAGAGUGUCCCUCUGCUGCCCCCUGCUGACCAUGAGGAGUGUGUGCGCAGUGGUCCUGGCUCUCGCCGCUGCCGCCCUCAGCUCAGCAGACUCCGACAUGCACCGACCGAGGCACGACUCGAACCUGGAGAUCUAUAAGCGGCUGUUUGAGACCAAGAGGAAGGAUCAGCUGAACGCGCUCAAGAAUCUAGUUGAGCUGAACGACAUCAACCAGCAGUACAAAAUUAUAGACAUCAUGCUCAAAGGCCUCUUCAAGGUGCUGGAGGACUCGAGACAAAUCCUGGUUGCGGCCAACAUGCACCCUGACGACCCGUUCCCCAUGGACGAUAAGAUCAAAGAAGCUUAUUCCCAUGUGGUGGAGAAUACAGCAUUCUUUGGUGACGUGGCGUUGCGUUUUCCACGUAUUGUGCACCACUACUACGACCGGAACGCUGACUGGGGAGGUCUACUGCGCUGGGGGCUGAAUUUCUGUAACCAGACAGGGGUAUUCACCGGAGGAGCCCACCAACACGUGCUCACACUUAUGUCACAGGAGCUGGGAAUAACAGAGAAAUCCCCAGACUUUAUGAACCCUUACCGCACGGAGAGAGACGAUGUGCUUCACACCGCUGAGGCUUUCCAGAAGAUCCUGAGGGAGGAAGAGAAGAGGAGGAGGAAGGAGGAGAAGAGGAAAGAAAUCAGGAAAGGCCCUCGCAUCUCCCGCUCUCGUAACGAGCUAUAGCGACACACCUCAGUGCAAGUGGAGAGCAGGGAAGAGGAGAGGAGAGGAGAAGAAAAAACAAGAAGGAGCAUACGCACAGUCCACAAGGGAUGGCUUGACUUGUAGACGCUGAUGACAGCGAAGGAAGUAAAAGCUGUCCUCACCUGUACAAAAGCAAAGGUGCUCAUGAGAGGAACCCUCAAUGUGACACAAAAAAAGUGAAGUGGAGGUUAGUCAGUUUCUGACAAAGGCCUGAAUUGCUGUAUUCCUGCAGUGAUUUAUAAUUGGAAAAUCUAACGUUGUAUAAGAGGUAAAAGACGCCUCUGGAAUAGGGGUUGAUGAGGGACAGUCAUUUUUGAUAAAUUAAGGAUUACAUAACUGUACUUUGGAAUAUAAUUCAUUUUAGUAUAAUAAAUUUGCUUCAAAACUUUGCAAACAUCACUGUAUUGUGUAUGGUCUAGAUUUAAUGUGUCUAAAACCCAUAUGCUUCAAAUAAGUGUGGGUGCCAAAUAUGAAUUUGUCUUCACCUCAUUAAAUGCAGCCAGUUUCUGAUUAGGUUAAGCUUGAAAUGAUGAUGGAAAACAGUUUUUUUUUUUGUCAGUCUUUUUUUGUGAGUGUUGUUUUGUUUUUGUGUUUUCCUGAAUUGAGACGUUAGGAGAGAUUUCUACACAGAUUUACAUUCCUAUGCCUGCUCAAAGUUGUAAGGUCACAUCUUAUAUUAUGUUUCCCUGUUAUCAUCCUUGGAUUUUCCUUUUUUUUUAUAUCCUGUAUUUGGCAAUCCCCCUGAUACCAUUAGUCUGAGUUCUUAUUACGCCAGUCCCCUGUAGUUUUUUUUAAUCCUGUCUGAAAAACAAUGUUGUCAUUCAGUAUGUGACCUUUCAUCCUGCAGCCUUGCAUCUGUUUCUUUGUUAUGCAUAACAAUUGCGUUGUAUAGCUGUUUAUUUUCUGGAAAGUAACAUAUUUUAAUGGUUUAGAUCUAUGGAACUGAGAUUGAUGUAAUUUUGAAAUAGUAUUACGACUGUUAUAAAACUAUAUGUAUAUUCAGAGAAAGAAUAUCAUUGCUGCAGAAUGAACAAGCCAUUUUGUUAUCAAAUUUACUGAAAUAAAG